CAUUUGUAACGCGCACGAAGGCAUCCUUUGAAUGAAUGGCGGCGCCGUUUGUCCGGAUUAAUGCGUCUUACAUUUCUGCCCUGCUUAUGGAAAUGCAUGCGAUUCUUGCAAUUCUAAGUAGAUCAUAAAUGAGUUCUUGGAUCGAGGAUAUAUUUAAAGGAGAUAGCGAUAGAUGUAAAUGCUGUCCAUGUCCAUACCGAGCUAAAAACUGAACCUAGCUAGGCUUACAUGCAUUAAGGCCUGAUUGUGAGCUUUAGGAGGAAACCUUGUGUUCAUCAGUGUUCAGUCAGAUUAAUUUACAUCUGCAUGCGUUGACAUCGCUGGUGAUCUGCUUUGACAUGAUCUAGUGAGAUUCUGCAAAGAUGUUAAAUACCCUGAGCAUUGGUUGAUGAUGCUGAGGAUGCUGAUGCUGCUGAUUUAGAACCUGAUCCCUGAAGGUCCACCUCCCUCUGAGCUCAAGUCUUUACUUUCCAGGAACAGCAGCAAACAUGACUGGCAUGCAGUCCAGGAAUGAGUCAGUUGGAGACAGUUCUGAUGAUGAACCUCUGAGUAAAAUGGGGAAACCUGGCAAAAAGUGUUCAGAAGACACACCCACGGAUAUCUUGGAAGAUCCUUCUACACCGAAGAAAGCCCUGAAAGAGCCGACCCCUACUGCGGAUGAGUGUCCGAGAAACAGCUCUGAUGAAGAGCCUCUGAGCAAACUGAUCGAAUCGAAAGCAGCCAAGCGCUCAAGUAAACAGCAAGAGACUGCUACAGGGGAGCCGUCGGAUUCUGAAGAGGAUCAGCCCCUGACCAUGAUCAUCAAGAGGAAGAAGAAGCAGACGGCUGACACAGAUGAGCCUGAAGAUGCCAAGAAGACCAGAAGCCCCAAAAAGCGUAAAGCUGCGAGGAAGACCUCGAAGCUCAGGGAGUCAUCACCAUCGCCAGUGAAGGUCACACAGAGGAGAGGACGGAAAGGUAAGGACAACUCGAAGAAAAAAGCAUCGGCGCAUCGGCCAGCCGUGAACACGACUCCUAAAAGGAAAGGUCGUGCCAAGAAGGAAGGAAAAGCUCUGUGCAGCGACAGCUCCGAGGACGAGCGCUUGAGCGAGCUGGCGAGGCAAAAGGGCGAGCCGGGGAUGAAGCGGGCGGUGGUGCUGCUAGAGAGGAUGUCCGAACGAGACGUUAUGGACGCGGUGGCGCGAGCACGCACGCACGGCCAGGCGCAGAAAAGUGCAGCCAGAGCAGAAAGCGCACCGGACAGCUCUGACGAAGAGCCUCUGAGUCAUAAAAUGAAGAAACUGAAAGAGCCGAGCAAGACUGCGCGAGGCAGGAGACCGGCGGCAGAUGCCAGUUCAGAUGACGAGCCUCUGGUGAGGAAAGUGAAAACAGCCAAGGUGAAGGAUAAGUUUAGAAAGAGAGCCAACGGAGAAGAGGACACGGUCAAGCAAGAUAAAGAGCUGAGCGAGGAGGACGAGCGUCCGCACUGAGACGACACAAAUCGACACGUUUCACGCGCUAAUUGAACAGGAGGACUGAGAAGAGGACUUGUUUAUUUCACCGUUCCUGUGAUCAGCAGUUCUGUGCUUCGUUCUUUUAUUUAUUCCUUUAUAGUAGCACCAUUGCAUUUUUUUUUCCCUUUUGGAACUCUAAACCCUGAAACGUGAAUCUAUUUCACACGAGGAAACACUGAAAAGCUUAAAGUAGUUUCUUUUAUAUUGUUUUAGAGUUUCAUAUUUUGUAUGGUCUUAACCGGGCUUCAGCUUUUUACAUCGUGUACGCUGAUGUUUUCGUUUGUAUUUAAAAAAAAUAAUUACAAAAACAAAACGGACACUAAGUGUAAUUUCCAUAGUUCCUAGGAAGGAAAGUAACCCGAAAGCUGUUUUUGGUAAUGAUAUCGACAUGUACACAAGUAUAAACUGCAGUAAUGUGUGGUAAACCUGGAGGACGGUGUACAGUAGUUUGUUUAUUUUUUUUGUUUUUCAUUUUUUGAUGGCAGUCGUCUUAGUUUCUUGUGAUUAGUGUGAUUUUACCUAAUAUGACUGAAAUUAACUGAAAUUAAAUACAAAAAUUACAGCUGUCUGUACAACUAAAAGGCUUUAAAAAUAUAUUAAACGUGACUUUGUAACGAAAA